AUGUAUAUUAAUACAUUGUUUUACAUCAUCAUAUUUUUCCCAUGCGUUGUUUAUUUAUGCAAUUAUGAAUUAAAUCAAACUAGUGGCACUAUUGUGUUAUUAUCAUAUGAAAAUAAUAUUGAAUGCACAUGGACAUUUAAUUUAUCAUCUAUAUCACACAAUAUUCAUUAUCGUAAUCUUCUAUUAACAUUUCGUCAUUUCGAUACCGAAUUUGGUCACGAUGAAUUAUUUAUUGGAGAAACAAUAACUGAUGUGUCAAAAUAUAAUUCAAAAUUAUUUCGAUUUUCAGGUUCGAAAUUACCUGAUCCAUGUUUAAUUGCACUUCGCGGUGAUAUUCUAACACGAUCUCUAUGGAUUCAAUUUGCCAGUGAUCAAACAAAUACCGGUUCAGGUUUUACGAUUGAUUAUGAAUUUCUAGUCAAUAAAUCCACAACUGUAAUACCAAAAUCUGCAGAGAUUCUAAUCGAUGUUGAUAUUGUUCAUCCGUUGGAAUAUAAAUCACAAAAACCAAAAUCAAUAUAUCAAUAUCCGUAUGAUACUAUUUCGAGUCCAAAUUAUCCACAAAAUUAUUCGAAUAAUAUCAUAUGUCGUUGGCAUUUAUACCAUCGAAAUGCAUUUAUUCGAUUAUAUAUUCAUGAAUUUCGUACGGAGUUACAUUAUGAUACGUUAGCAUUACAUGUUGGCCAAAAUCUUAAUAAUCGUGCUAUGAUCAUACACGAAUUGUCGGGUGAUGACAUCGAUAAUAAACAUUUAUUUAUUCGAAAUGAUAACUUAUUUCUUAUAUUUACUACUGAUAAAUCAUACAAUACCUCCGGUUUUUCUCUUAGCUAUGAAAUUAUUGAAAGAGAAAAUUAUAGUUGGGAUGUUAAUGAAAACAAUGGUGUAAUUUAUUCAAAAGAUUAUCCAAAAUUUUUAAGAACAAAUGUUGAAUAUACAUGGAUUAUUCAUAUGAAUUCUUCGAACGAGAUUGAAAUUAAUCUUAGUGAUAUUAGUAUUGAUUAUGAUUAUGAUUAUUUACAUGUUAUAACCGGUGAUACUUUUUAUUCAUUGAAUACAUCAAAAUCUUUUCGAAUACAAACCAUAAAUGAAACAAAAAUAAUUCUACGAACAAAACAUUCGAAUGAUGAUUAUCAAUAUCGUGGUUUUAAUUUAACAUAUCAAAAAUUCAAUAGAAUAUCUAUGGAAGAAAAUAAUCAAUUAAAAACUUUACCAUGUGGGAAAAAAUACUCAUCCUACAAUGGAACAAUUGAAUUUCACACUGAAAUCAAAACGUCAAUGGAUUGCUUGAUAUUAUUGGAAGUUGAUGACGGACAAAAUAUCUUCUUAAGAUUUGAUGAUUUAAAUUGGGAUAAUAAAGAAAACUCUAUUGAAAUUGGUCUUCUUCAUGAUCCUACUCAAUAUCAAGUUUAUCAUAUAUCAGAUGCAUUACCAGGUACUUGGUUUAUUGCAAAUCAUAGUCAAAUAUGGAUACGAUUUUAUUCAAGUCAAUUUUCAUUAGGAUCAACUACUUUCCGUUUGUUUUAUUCGGAAACGAUUGAAUGGUCAACUAUGUCACCAGAACCAUAUGUACAAAUUUUAGAUGAUAAUAGAUUAUUUCCUUAUCAAUUGAUUAGUUUACCAACGAAUAGUAUUUAUCAUAAUUUGACACAGGCUAAUAUUUGGCAUAUCAAAGCAGUAGAUGAUGAAUCUAUUAAAAUUACUUUUCAAUCCUUGCAAACGUUUGAAGAUCGACGUAUUUGUUUUUCUAUGAAAGAUUUAUUCAGAACAACACACAUAUGUAAUAAUGAACAAUUUCCUUUUGUUUAUCAUCAUAUUGGAACAUGUACAUUAUCUAUUGAACCAGAAUUUAUUUGGGCAUUAGUUGAAUACAAUAUUCAAAUUGAAAAAUUUAAGAAAAUUACAAUAAUUAAUAAAAUAACUUUCGAAAGAACUUAUAUGGCAUUGGCUCCACCAAUAACAUUGGAUCCAUUUAUUCAUAUUGAAUGGUUGAUUUCUAUGAACGAUUCUUCGCUGAUUAUUUUCGAUGUUGAAAAUCUCGAUGGAAAGACAUCAGCUGAAUUGACUGUUCAUCAAGAUGACAAUUUUACGAAAACCUAUCUAUUAGACACAAUAUCAACGAAACGUUUUUCUGAUGUUUUAUUUUCUGUAAAAUCUUCAUUUCGAAUCAUAUAUAAAUCAUUAUCAUUACCAAUUCCUAAUCAAGCACGAUUAUUUCGUCUUAAUCUAUAUAAAGUAUCAAAAGGUUAUCUACAUGUUGGAGAUUUGCAUUAUAUUUUAGGAGCAAAAAAUGACUCAAAAUUUCAGUGGACUAUCAAUGGAGAAUAUGAAAAUUCGACAUUCGUAGGAAAUUUAUUUUCGUUAAACAAAAAUUUACUACUGCGAACGACCGCAGAUACUAAUCUUUCAGCAAACAAUUCAGUAACAUACAUUCCUAGUUCAAAUUUUGAUAUUCGCUAUGAAUCACACGAAAAAUCAAUUAAUUCCGAUUUUAUCAUUAUUCUUUAUGAACAGUCAGAAAACUAUACGCAUCAAAAUAUUAUCUUGAACAAAACAUCCGAUGUGCUCGAAACAAAUAAUUUUGCUCUUUAUACUAUUCGUGUAGAAUCGAAAUUUCCGGCGUCAAUUGAUUUUAUUAUAAUUAAUGCAGAUCAUGGCACACGCAUUCGUUUAUAUGAUUUAAACGUUAAUAAGACUGGGCAUUUUUUAUUCAAUUCAUCUUUGGUAACAUCCAAAGAGACAAUAUCUCUGAUUGGUUUACGUUUUACAAUUCAAAGUUUAAAUAUUCAAUUAGAACUACAGUCAUUAACAAGAAAAUCAAUAAAAUUACGUUACAAAAUUCGAACUUCAUUUACGCAAAGUGAGAAUUAUGAUCAUUGUUCGAUAAUAGACGCAAACAUAUACGAAAAUAAUAAUAGCCAUACGGACAAUGAAUUAUGUUCUAACUGGUUUGAUCAUAUAUCUACGUCAAUGAAUAACACGAGAAUAAGCAAUCUAUGGUCGUAUGGAUAUCGUGGUAGUGUAACUUUAAUUAUUGAAAAUACGACCAUUGAAAAUUUUGAAAAGUCGAUCUACCGAGUUUUACGCCAGAGCAUAGCGAAAAUCAUUCGUAAAUUUUGUUUUAACUAUCAUCAACAUUGUCUGAGUGAAGAUGCAGAUUCAAUUAGAAUCGAUCAUGUUAUUAUUCAAAGUUAUCAAGAACAAUUAGAUAAUGAUCAUUUAUACGUAUCAAUAUUUAUUAAAGAUCCUUACCGUCAAGCAAUAGCUUUAACAAAUGAUCAAUUUUUGUUUGCACUUAAACAUAAUCAACAAGAACUUUAUCAAGAUAUAAAACAUCAUAUUAAUUUACCAUCGAGUCUUUUAGAACAAACUUCAUUGGAUUCGAUAUGGUUGUAUGGCGUUUGUCUACUUGCAUUAGUUGUUCUUAUUGUUGUAUUACUCAUGCUAAUCAGUAUUUUCGUGAGAAAAACGCCUCAAACACCGACUAAGAAUCGUCGAAUAAAUAAAGCAGCGAAACCAGCUCCAAAUAAAGAGCCGAACGUUUUACUUGCAUACACACCAGUACGGUUAGCUAUUCCAGAAGAGGACCAUAAUCUGUCGUCGUGUUAUAAUGAGACUCUUAGUUCACAAGCAUCAACUUCAAUGUUUACAGCCACUCGAUCUCCAGUGCCCGCCGCUUAUUAUCAUUAUCCAGCAACGGGUGCAUCCUAUUUUGAUAGUAACAUUGAAACAGUUAUAAAAGAACAUUUAGAUGAUGAUGAACCGAUACCAUUUAUUGAUGAUAAUCUUUCUACUACACAUAGUAAAAAGAGUAGCGCAUGUUGGAGUGACAAAACAAGUUUAAGUAGUCGAUUUAGUCUAGCAUGGAAAUUGAAUAAAAAGCGUUUGGCAUCACAAAAUCGUUCAAUAUUGUCAUACGAAAAAGAAAAACGGCGCUAUCAUCAUCGAACUAUUCGACAUAUAAAACCACUGUCGCAAGAUAAUUAA